CGGCCAAACAUUGCGUCAUUACCUGUAACGGGUUCGUUAUCACAAGAACGGGGGUAGUUCGGGGAGUCGUCUCUGAACCAGCUACGCACAAGCAGUAACACCGUUCUUAGUCAUCGUAUCAACAUAAUGGACCAGUCCAACACUACCAUGACCGACAGCUUCCCGAGGUUCACCCGAGCCCUGGUUCGGCAAGUUCCGGAGUCCAUUCGUGAACACUCGGAAGCCGUCGAAACCUACAAGAGAGACCGAUACUACCGAGGAUAUGAAUUUGAGAGAAUAGAUAUUGCUAAAGCCCGAGAAGAGCACGAGCGGUACACGCAGACCCUGCGGGACCUGGGGCUGGAGGUGACCGUCCUACCGGCGGACGAGUCCACUCCGGACUGUCCGUUUGUGGAGGACACCUGUGUGGUGGUCGGGAACAGAGCGCUGGUGACCAGGCCAUGGGGAGGACCUAGGAGAAGGGAGCUUGACUGUGUGGAGACGUGUCUGAAAAGCCUUGGACUGGAAGUGCACAGGAUUCAUGAUGAGAAGGCGAAACUGGAGGGGGGUGAUGUCGUCUUCACAGGAAAGGAGUUCUUCGUCGCCGCAUCAGAAUGUACCAACAAAGCUGGCCGAAAAGCCCUGGCCAACACGUUCCCAGAGUACCCUGUCCACACCAUCCCAGUCUUGUGGCCAGAGUUCCAUCUGAAAGGCGUGGCGUGCUGUGCGGGACCGGGCGUCAUGGUGCUGGGGAAGAACAAGGAUGGCAAGAGGGCAUGGAAGAAGAUUCUGGAAAAAAGUGAGUUCACGUAUGAACCUGUGUGGGUGCCUGACAAUACUGCUGUGGACUGUAUUCACGUCAACGGAAACGUCAUUCACUGUACUGAAAAGCAGGGACCAAAAAGCAUGAAGGUGUUUGAGGAGAAACUCUCUUGCUUCAACCGGGUGCCAUGUUCUAUCGGUGAGCUGGGGAAGGUGGACGCAGCCUUGUCGUGUUGUUCUGUCCUUUUCUAGAAUCCCGGUCUGGAACGCCGAUCGUUCUAGGAUCGCAAACUGAAAGCACUCUUGUGAUAGAAAAAGAAGAGCUUUAUUUCGCAACAGAUGUAGCGGGUACAACGUAUGACAAAAUAUACAUAGCUGGUGAUGCUAACAUACAUGCAUACUUGGUGAUGCUAAGAAGAUCUAACAGUUCUACUAACUGUACUAAGGAAUCUGGUCUACUUUCAUAAACUAUGUAUAACAAUUUGAUAAAGAGACACUAAUCAUACUAAUCUAACUCUGUUGAUAGUAAUAUAUUGUGUCAGGAAUUUAUUACAUUUUCUCAUUUGUCAGCGAAUUGUGUAUAAAUUGGCAUAUGCAUAUUGGAUAUAUUGACAGGACAUGAUAGUAGCAUAUUGAAUAUCUUUGUCUUUGUAUGGGGUAGUGUUAUAUCGGUCUUUCAUGUAACAUAUUGUAACAAUUUUUGUCGGUUUUCAUCAUAAGUAGGGCAAUCUAUUAUAAAAUGUAAUUCGUUUUCAACGCCUUUAUGACACAUGGGACACAGUCUCCUAUUGGCUUUAGUAUUACAGACAUUUAAGUAUACAGAACGUCUUUCCUGGUAGCGGGUUAUGUCACAAAUUGUUCGGCAUGAAAAUUGUACAAAUUGAAAGCAAUUUUAUACAAGUGGGAAAAAGCGCAAUACUAACAAAAAAAUCAAAGCCGGUAGUUUUAUAUCAAAAGAUUAUAAUACCCCGGAAGAUUUUUUUAGAUAUAAAUAUAUCGUAUAUAUUAUCCAUUUUUGUAUUUCGAAUAAUGUAUUAGCCAUCGGAACUCACUAACUCAGCUAUACUUAAUUUUGUUGAAGUAGGAAAAUUAGUUUUUGUCAGGGUCGGAACAAUUCUGAAGUAUAGUCAGUGAUUUCACAAUAAAAAUACAAUGAAAUUUAAUACUACUUUAAUUUAACUUAAUACUUACUUAAAAUUUAUAUUCAAU